AUGAUCUAUACAACGCAGAUCGUCCGACUGGACGGCCUGACGCUCGUGGCCUCCGUCGACGAUGGACAGCUCGAAGAGUUGCCAGAGCUGAAGCAGAACAUCCGCCAGAUCAUGAAGAAACUCAACAACAACUCCGAGCCGCGCGCCAGCAUUGAGAGCGAUCGCAACUGCAUUCACUACGUCCUUGGAGACAACAUCGCAUACAUCGCCAUCACCGAACGCAGCUACCCGAAGAAGCUGGCCGUCACCUACCUCGAAGACAUCCGCAACGAGUUCCAGUCCUCCUACAAGCGCGACGACUACCUCGACCCACAGCUCCGCCCAUACGCAUACUCCGAGUUCGACCGCUUCCUCGACAAGACAAAGAGGACCUACCAAGAUUCGCGCGCGACCGACAACCUUGGCAGGCUCAACGAUGAGCUCAAGGGCGUGACCCAGGUCAUGACGAAGAAUAUCGAGGACUUGCUGUACAGAGGCGACUCGUUGGAGAAGAUGGGUGACAUGUCCUCGCGACUCCGUGAGGACUCAGCCAAGUACAAGCGUGCCGCCGUCCGCAUCAACUGGGAGCUGCUCCUCAAGCAAUACGGACCGUUCGCUGGCCUCGGUCUGGUCAUCCUCAUACUCCUGGUGUGGCGCUUCUGGUGA